AUGUCCGAGCGCCGUGCGGCCACCAAGGGCCGGCGCUUGGGCUCCAGCCGGCGCAAGCAGCUGCAAGAGGGCUCCAGGGAGGCCCCGGGGCCAGAGCCCAUCCCUGGUGAGGAGGAGCCACCAUGGGCGUCUGAAAUAAUGCAGAGGGUGCAGCAGCUCCUCAGCGACAGGGACACCGAGCAGGCGGGAGUGGUCACCCGCUCGGACAUGCAGAAAUUGCAGGAGGAGGGUUUGCCGUGCAGCAGGGAGGAGCUGGAGCUGGUGUUCGAUGGGCUGGAUGCCGCUGGCACCGGGAGUUUGGGCACAGAGGAGUUCACGGCCGGGCUCCGGCAGUUCCUGAGCUCCCAAAAAGCUGUCAGGGAGCACCGGCGGAGGAAGACGGCGUCCCGCAGGGUCCGGCUGGUCCUCCCCACCCCGGCGCUGGAAGGGGGGGACAGCGAGGAGCGCAGACACUUCGCUGCCUUUAUGGAGCAGCUGGGCACAGGAAACCUCCUGGAAGAACAGGAGAUCUGGCAGCUCUGGGUGAAGCUCCGGCAGGAUGAGCCCCAGCUGCUGGACAACCUGGAGGAUUUCCUGGCCAAGAUGAGGCACCGCAUCCAAGAAGCCAGGAGCGAGAAGGAGGCUUUGGAGCUGGCUCUGAACAAACGUGUGGCCGAGCACGACAAGGACGUGCAGCAGCUCUGCGAGGUCCUGGAGCAGCAGAUCCUGCAGGAGCGGCUGCGGCUGCAGCAGCAGAGGAUGUCCCGGAGCCAGCAGCAGGGCGAGGAGCUGCAGCGAAUGCUGGAUGCCAGCGAGAGGGAGGUGCAGCGCUUGGUCACGGCGCAGAUGGAGCUGGAGCAGCGCUGUCGCAGCCUCCACAGCUCCCAGCAAGUCACCAGCAGGGAGAACCAGCAGCUGGAGGAGAGCAACCGGGCCCUGGAGCAUCGCCUGCAGCACCUGCACCAGCAGCUGCAGCAGACCCAGGGCCACCUGAGGACAAUGAGGGCUACAGUGGUUUGGGAGCACAUAGGGGAGCCCGGGGACAGAGUGGUGGCAGAGUUACCCAUCGAGGUGCCAAUGUCCCCACAGCUGAGUCCUGGGAAGAGCGAGAAGUUCCGCUCCGAGAUGCGGAUCAGGCUGGGAUCCCAGAGCAGCGAGAGCAAAGCCAAGAGUUCCCACCAAGUGGUGUGGGAAAUGCUGCCAGCAGAAAUAAACGUUUCAGGAACCCCACGGAAAGCCAGCUCUGCAGAAGAGGACCCCUUCCCAGAAUUUCUGAAAGAGGAAGGUGUCUCUGACGAAAGCUCUUUGCUAAGAGAGAUGAAUGAUGCAAUAGUAGCUCUGAGCAAACACCUCACGACACAGGCACUGGGUGCACCCCCUGCCCUGGCAGACACUCCCUGGGACAACGCUGAGCCCCAAACAGGGCCAGAGGCUGCCACAGCCCAUGAAACAACCCCUGGGAUCCUGCAGGAGACGCUCCCUGGCCAGAACCAUCGUGAGCUGCUGGAAGGAGACGUGCAAGAGGGAGCAGCCACAGCUGAGCUUCGUGCUCUGGAUGUGACACAGGCUGGUGCGUCCACAGGAGCCGGGCACUGCACGGCUCAGGAGCCAGGGGCAGAGCAGGGAGAGAGCCCAGACGAGGCACAGAGGAUGUUAUUCCUGCAAGGAAAGGGUGCUGGUGUGGAGGAGAUGGUGCUAAAUGUGGCUGAGCAUCUGGGAGAGAGCAUGGAGACAGCAGAGCAGGUGCUGACGGAGGUGGAGGGAGCAGGGUGGCUGCAGGAAAAAACAGCUUGGGCAAAACCACAGCUCUUGGGAGAAGCUGAGGAAGUGGAGAUAAGCCAGAGAGAAAAUGUGGAGGCAGGUCUGGAGCCACCUGAGGAUGGGCAGGAAGGCGUAGCAGUGGGACAGUGCCUUGCCAUGGAUGAGCAGCAGGCAGGCAGGACGCCGGGGGAGUGUGUGCAGACCCCGGGCACGGCGCUGCAGGAACGGGCUGAGCCAGCAAAGGGGCUCCCUGGGAAACUGCAAAGCGAGCUGGGAGAGCACCUGGAGCCAGAGCCACCAUCCUGGAGCCAGAGCCACCACCUGGAGCCACAGACACCACGCUGGGCUGAGGAACAAGGGGAAGCAGCCCAUGGGGGUGGUGUCCCUGAGGUGACAGUGGCUCCUGGCCCAGGAGUGCUGGACGAGGAGCGUGCCAGGAGGGAGGUGCAGCCCCCGGGAGAGACCACGGACUCCAGAGUGCUGGAGCCUGUCACUGCUGCAGAGGGCCCUGGUCUGGAAGCAAAACUGGGAGCAUGCAUUGGUGCUGAGGGGCUGACUCUGGAGGAAUUACUGCAGGGAGAGAGGGCUCCUGCAGAGGGGAAGUCUCUGGAUGGAGCUCACGGUCUGGAAGUGGCACAGGGAGAGAGGCUGGAGGCAGGGCUGAGGAAUGGAGUGAAAACUCAGAGUCUAGGACUAAACCAGGGCCACGAUGACGCUGUAUUGGCCUCCCUGGUCUCAGAGGUGCCGUUACAAACCAGCCCCCAAAAGCUGGGAACGAUGAUGCAGGGGGAUGUUCUCGUUCCAGAUGUGUGGCGGCUUUGUGCUCCGGGACAGGCAGCCCAAAGGGAGCUUCAGGAGCAGGUUUCAGCACAGGGACAUGAGGGGAGGCUUCACACAGUGACCCAACAGCCAGAGGGGGAGACACCACCCACGAUGGAACCAGAGCACACGGCUGCUGGAUCUGCUGAGCAUCCAAAGCAAGAGGUGCCAGCAUCAACACUGCACACCACAGUGCAGCCAGAAGGUGCUGGGGGUGAUCAGCUGGGGAUGGACCCCAGAGAUAACUCACUGGGGCAAAGGCAGCUCUUGGGAGAACAGAACAAAGACCUCAGUGUUGGUCAAGAGAAGAUGCAAGAGCUUGGUCAGAAAAUGAGCCAGGAAGGCAAGCCCAGCCCAGGAGAGCCAGGGGCUGUGACUGCAGGUGGGGCAGGAGCUGCCCCAAGGGGUUGCCCUAAAGGUUCCCUGGACCCAGAGCACCUCUACAACGUGCUGUUCGUUGGGGACUCCCACGUGGGCAAGACGUCGUUCCUGUACCGACUGCACGCCGACACCUUCAACCCCCACCUCACUGCCACUGUGGGACUGGAUUAUCAGAUCAAAAACCUCGUUGUGGAUAACAAGCGCUUCACUCUCCGCCUGUGGGACUCAGCUGGUCAGGAAAGGUACCGCAGCGUGACCAAGCAGUUUUUCCGGAGGGCGGACGGGGUGGUGCUGAUGUACGACAUCACCUCCGAGUGCUCCUUCUGCGACGUGCGCUACUGGCUCGGCUGCAUCCAGGAAGCAGCAGAGGAUGGAGUUGCUGUUCUGCUUCUCGGGAACAAAACCGACUGUGCUGCCCAGAGACAGGUCCCUACAAAGGAGGGGGAAUGCCUGGCCAAGGAGCAUCAGCUCAUGUUUUACGAGUGCAGCGCUGCCUCGGGCCACAACGUCUUCGAGUCCAUGGUCAGCUUCAUCAGGUUGCUCAAAAGUCGUGAAGAUGAAUUGAAAAAUAAGGUUGAAGAGGUACCAAAGGCACCCCAGAAGAAAAAGGGCUGCUGCUGGUGAUGGACAGACACCCCACACACUGAUCUGAAACUGCACCAACAGCCAGAAAAGCAUAAAAAUAAACCUUGGACACCUUCUCUUUUCCUGUGUGUCUCCCUUGCCUGAUCUUCCUUGGAUGCUGAGAGCAAAAGCUGCUGUGGGGGACCCGCUGCCAUUCCCCCAGAGCACACCAGACCCCCAAAAUACUUCUCAGGGAACUUUAGCACUUUCUUUUGGAGACCAAGAACAGGCCAAGAAAAGAGGCAGAAAAGGAGGGGGUAAACCCAAGCCUUGGGAUAGAUGAAAUGAAAACCUGAAGCCAUCCAAGUGUAUAAAACAAGGGGGUUUUGUGCUGUUGGUGCUCUGGGCUGUGGGGACUUCUGCUCUGGUUUGCAAUCAGAUUGGAUUUGAUCAGGAACAAUGAGAUAUUCAAUAUAUUCUAAAUGCACUUAAAUCUCUCCAAUGAGACAAGGUAAAGCUAAUUUUCCCCUUCCCUGGCUUAUCUUGCCAGAGAGCAGUGAUGGGGCUUGAAAGAAACUACUGACUAUUUUGCUCAAAAUAAAUUCAAAAUCCCCAAGAGCACAUCCAGGAUAAGAAGAUAAAUGCUUGCAAGAGGUUUUUUUCAUUGCAGCCUAUCUCAGACUGGGCAGAGAUGAACAAGCUGCAGCAUCCUGCUCUUCUGCUCUUUGUGAAGUGCUGAAUUGGUUCUAAAUCCAGCUUGAAAAAUCUAAAUAAACACAUGUCAUAAUUUCAA